AUGGGUGGUAUUGAAAAUCAGCCUCUAAUCCGGAAUAAAUCGCGACGUAUGCCAACAAUACCGGCGAGCAAAGAGGAUCAGCUAACGGGGAAAUAUUCGGCGAAAAGAAGAGGAAUAGAAAGGGAAAAACGAGCGACUCGUACCCUACCGUUUCGAAACUUCAUGGAAAGGAGAACAAUAAAUUCACGGGGCUGUGGAGGUUGGCAGAAUGCAAAAAGCCGUGAGGCAAGUGCAAUGAAAGUACCAUUUGGUACAGCACACGUGGUACUCACCCUUAGGACUGGAUGCAAUCAGACUGUCAGGAAUUCCGUUGGAUGGAUACGAUGGACAGGUCGAAUGGGCCGGUGUAUUGUUCGGAUCAGGGCACCACCUAGGGAUUCUCAGGUGAUCGAGUUGAAGGUCAGAAGAUUGCAGGUUGGUUUUCUAAAAGAAACCCGAUGCGAGGGUGCUUACAUUAAAUUUUCUGAUGGCAGUGAUGAUCUUGAAGAUGAAACAGGACGAUACUGCGGCCAUGUAGAUGGAAAUAUAACAAGGUUGUUCCUGAGAAAGGGUCCGAAUUUAACGAUCAUAAUGGAUUCCGACGCAAAGUUCGCUGCUGAAAACCCAGUGAUGUUCUCCGCCCAAUUCUCUAUUCUACCAGCCCAGCUGGCUGUCGAACGACAUCGUGGCUAUUCGCUGUCCUCUUCGUCCGUGUGUCCCUUGGAGUGUGCCGUACGAAAGGAUCGAAGAUCCUGUAAUGUCGUAUCCCCGGGUUAUCCAGGAGUCUACCCCCGCAGUAUUAGAUGCCAUGUCGCCCUGGAAUCGAGUACGGGUCGUUUUAAAAUCGGGGGCCAACAGGACGACCUUUUCGAUCUUAUGAACCGCACGUCCCAGGACAGCUGUCAGACGGAGAACUGUGAGCAGCACGUGGAAAUCGUGGCGGAAGUGCCGAAGACGAGGGUCGCCAGAUCAGACAGACGGUAUCUACCGGAAAAUAAGCCCGGCAGGAGACCGAGAAGUUCCGAUCACGAAGAGGAACUGGAAUUUAUCAUUGGGCAAACGUCGCGCAAGUUCAAGAGGGGUGGAAAUAAUCGGAGAAGACUUAAGAAAGUCAAGAAGCAAGAUGUUGGAUCAAAGGCUCCUCGCAAUUCUCGUGGAGAAGAGGUAGACGAAGAUAUCUGGAGAAAUAGCGGCCGUCCAAAAGAGAUCACCGACCAGUCCUUCGCAAAUGUCUUUCCCCGGAAAAGCGGCUCCAGGCUACCCAUCGGCUAUCGUGAUCGAGGCACCCGUACCGAAUCUAUCCAGGCACGACUUCGUCACCCACAGCGCGUCCAUAAGAAGUCUAUGCUCUCGAUAAGUUCGGAUAAGAAUUCUAAUCAUGAUCUACAAGAUAUAUCGGACGUGAAAAUUCUACCUGACGGAACGCACGAAAAAAUCACUCUGCUACAGGUACCCGAGUAUCAGUACCCGAGGAAGGGCCAGAUGCAGGACAAGUUAGGAAGCAACAGUUGCGUGGGCGAUUACCUCGCACUUCUGGAGAACGUAAAUGGGAAAAUUUUCGAAAUUUCCAGGUUCUGCGGCAAAGGCCACGUGCCACGGAUUCUUUCCCGGGGAAAGAAUAUUAUUAUCGAAUUUUUCACGGAACAGGAUGGCACGUUAAUGCACGACGGGUUCCAGUUGUCCGUUCAGGAAAUCGAGGAGACAUCAGGCGUGAAACCCGACAGAAACUGCGAAUUCGUUUACAGAAGCGCGGAACGUACCAGAGAAAAUAUCAAUUCCUUACAGAGCUGGUAUCCUCCUAACACUCUUUGCAGUUACAAAUUCAUCGGGAGAACUUCUGAGAAAAUUUUUAUACACAUGAAGAUAAUUAAAAACCUGUCGGACCGAGAGUAUUUGUCUGAGAAGCGAAAUGUGUCUGUGAAUUAUUGUACCGGAAACGAAAUCGCUGUUUACAAUGGACUAGAGGCAAACAACAGUGUCCUGAUGUGGUCUUACUGCGACGUAUCUCACCGGGACAUCAAUAACAUACAAAUUCCUCUGAAAUCCACCGGAAAUGAAUUUCUCGUACAAUAUUAUAGCGCGAAAGGAUCGUACGACGGUCAAGAAUUUACUUACACAAUGUCGUACAGGUUUACUAAAAAAUCGCAGAACUCGACGAUUAGACGACAGGUUCAGGAUGAUUUCAAACUGAUCUCCCUAAGGCCGGUCAAUUUUUCAGCGUUAAAUUUGAACGAGAGUGGAAACUGCAAUUGCGAUUUCGGAGACAGAAUCGGCAGUUUCAAAAAUUGGUUCAUGGUCCUCGUCGUUCUGGGAAUCGUCUCCUUCCUCGGAGCUAUUCUUACUAUAAUUGCGCUCCUCGCUAAGUGUAUCAAAAUGAAGUCAAUGGAGAAGAAACUUCUACAAACCCCAAAACUAUGA